CAAUACAGCAAAAGAAGUAGUUCAACAUGCAUUCAUUUACGCCGCACAGUGCACGCUCCACCAAGGUGCAAAGAAAGCGGUAAGGCUAGCAAACUCCUCGGCGUCAGUAUCAUUUCUUAUUCACUCAGAGUAACUGGUGGAGAGCAAUAAUGCCUGGGAGAAAGCCUGCUAAGAGGAAAUCAGAUGUUCCCACACCAUCAAAACAGACUAAAAAGGUCAAAGGAACUACCAUCACCCCAGAAGAGGGGGAGGCUUUGCUGGUGCAGCACCGGAGCCAUGGGAAGGAGAAGGGCUUGGUGCUGGUCCUGGGCCAGGGAGACGUUGGCCAGCUGGGCCUAGGCGAGGACGUGAUGGAGCGCAAGAAGCCCGCCCUGGUCAACCUGCCGGAGGGGGUGGUGCAGGCGGUGGCCGGGGGCAUGCACACAGUAUGCCUGGGCGAAUCCGGAAAGGUCUACACGUUUGGCUGUAACGACGAGGGCGCGCUGGGCCGCAACACGUCCGAGGAGGGCUCGGAGAUGUCGCCCAGCAAGGUGGAGCUGGAAGAGCGCGUGGUGCUUGUGUCAGCUGGGGACAGCCACACCGCCGCCCUCACCGAGCAGGGCACCGUCUACGUCUGGGGCUCCUUCAGGGAUAACAAUGGAGUCAUUGGACUGCUGGAACCCAUGCAAAAGUCUGCCAUCCCUGUGAAAAUGCCCAUUAAAGAGCCAGUGGUGAAAAUUGUAUCAGGUAGCGAUCACCUGGUGAUGUUGACUAAGGCCGGAGACCUGUACUCCUCAGGGUGUGCGGAGCAGGGCCAGCUGGGAAGAGUGGCCGAGUGCUUCGCCAAUCGGGGAGGCAGACUGGGACUGUUGAGGUUGCUUUCACCCCAGCUGGUCCUGGUGAACUCUCGGGGAAAGACACGCUUCAUCGACGCGUUCUGUGGUGCCUAUUUCACCUUCGCCUUGUCGAAAGAUGGCCACGUCUACGGCUUUGGCCUCUCAAACUACCAUCAGCUAGGAACCCAAAGCACAAACGUGUGUUUCACACCUGUGAAGCUGACGUCCUUCAAGAACUCCACCACCUCCUGGGUUGGCUUCUCAGGUGGACAGCAUCACACGGUCUGCAUGGAUUCUGAAGGCAAGGUGUACAGCCUGGGCAGAGCGGAGUACGGCCGUCUGGGUCUAGGCGAGGGGGCGGAGGAGAAAAACGAGCCCACACCUGUGCCAGGUAUCGAUGGAGCCCAGGUGGUUGCCUGUGGAGCCUCCGUCAGCUAUGCAGUCACCAAACAAGGGUCUGUGUUCGCCUGGGGCAUGGGCACCAACCUGCAGCUGGGCACGGGGGAAGAGGACGACGAGUGGAGCCCAGUGGAGAUGACGGGCAAACAGCUGGAGGGCCGCACAGUUCUGUCAGUGUCCAGCGGGGGGCAGCACACCGUGCUGCUGGUCAGGGACAAGCAGGAAAGCUGAUGAGCUUUGCUCAGCGGGGAGAUGGAAGUGAGAAAAAAAGGAACUGUCGAUUCUGUUGGGUAUCUGUAAACGAAGCCUUUUUAAAUUAGGGGCGGGAUGGUGUUGGGCACUUAUCUGUGCUGGGCCAGUCUGUUGGAGAGGGGUUGAGGUAGGGUUUUAUAAUGGCUGGAGAGGAAGAGAGAAAAGUGCAUUUUUGAGGAGUCAAAGUCCUGACCAGAGUGAACCCAAACUUUUCACUGGAUGUGAUCUGAUAGAUCAUGACAAGAAAUUAUUAAAAAAAAAGAACAAGAGACUAUUUUUAUAAAACACAGGUUGUGCUUGAUUCUUUUUUUAUUCUUAAAUCCUUUUUAAUGAGAGCCCGUAGAAUGCCUUUCAGGGAUGCUAACCCAUUUCUGUGUGUGUGUGUGUGUGUGUGUGUGUGUGUGUGUGUGUGUGCGUGUGCGUGUCCACAUGUAUGUUUGGAUUUGAGUGUAUUUGCAGGAGUAACAAAAGGCAAUGGAUCUUUUUAGUGGCUCAUCCCAUCUUUUAAGUUCAUUGAUCAGUUAAAGCAAUAAAUCAAGUUUCCCCUCACAGUUCACCUUCCAUACUUCAUUAGACAGUAACUGUACUUGGGAUGGCUCAAUGAUGUAUUGCAUUUAUUAAACUUUUGUUCAACAUUAAAGUUCAUUCAGCUGUUUA